GAUUGCUGGCCGGUGUUUUGGUGGAGGCACAGGGUACUGAUGGCAGCGCCACUGGGCAAGAGGAAAGCGGACGGCACGAGACUGGUGACGGGGCGGCAGAAUGACAACAAACAUUUUGUGGAGGGAGCCAUCGUCAGGAUAAAGAUGGAGAACUUUCUCACAUACGACAUUUGCGAGGUAUUUCCUGGUCCUCACUUAAAUAUGAUCGUUGGUGCAAAUGGAACAGGAAAGUCCAGCAUUGUUUGUGCCAUUUGUCUGGGAUUGGCAGGCAAGACCUCCUUUAUUGGCAGAGCCGAUAAGGUCGGCCUUUAUGUGAAGCGUGGAUGUCAGAAAGGUCUGGUGGAGCUCGAAUUGUACAAGGCAUCUGGGAAUCUGGUCAUCAUGCGUGAAAUUCAAGUAUCAAAUAACCAGUCAACAUGGUCCAUCAAUGGAAAAAAUGCCUCCUUAAAGGUGGUUGAAGAGCAGGUGGCUGCAUUGAACAUCCAAGUAGGAAAUCUUUGUCAAUUUCUGCCACAGGAUAAAGUUGGUGAGUUUGCCAAAUUAUCUAAAACUGAGCUGUUAGAAGCAACUGAGAAAUCCAUUGGACCUCCAGAAAUGCACCGAUUCCACUGUGAGCUAAAAAACUGCAGAGAAAAGGAAAAAGAACUUGAGAAUAGUUGUAAAGGUGGAGAAGAUGUCUUAGAAAAACUGAAGCAAUCAAAUGAACGCUACAGGCAGGAUGUUGAGAGGUAUUAUGAAAGGAAGCGUCACCUUGAUAAAAUCAAGAUGCUGGAGAGGAAACGACCUUGGGUGGAAUAUGAAAGUUGUCGUCAACAACAUGAAGAGGUGAAACAAAAACGUGAGAAGUUAAAGGAAGAACUUAGAAAAAAACAAGAAUCUCAAGAGCCUCUUGCCCAAAAAGUCCAGCAGUAUGAUAAGCAGCACAAGCAAAUUGAUGGCAAAAUUAAAGAGAAAGUGACUGAAAUUCGUGAAACUUCACAGAAGUGUAAACAGAACCAGGAAGUUUUGGAAAGGAAAGAAAAGCAGAUAGAAGAUAUCCAACAGAAGUUGAGAAUGAAGAAAGAUGAAGAACAAGACCGACAGAAAAAAAUUGUUAAUAUGCGUAAGAUGAUUGAAGAUUGGCGAAAUGAGCUAAGAUCUGUGGGAAACGUAGAAGAAUUUCAGCAGGAGAUGGAUGAUAUUGGUCGCGAACUAGCUCAUAUACAGGAAGAAAAAGCCAAUGCUGAAAAUGAAAUGAGUGACUUGCGUAUGGAGAGGAGAAAUGGAGAAAAAGAAAAGAUAGACAAAGCUAAUCGACUUAAGCAGUAUGAUAAUUUACUCAAUCUAAAAGAACAAAACUUGCAAAAGAAAUUUGCAGACACUUACAAUGCAGUUGUUUGGCUUAAAGAAAAUAAAAAUCAGUUUAAGAAACGUGUCUGUUUUCCCAUUAUGUUAGAGAUUAAUGUCAAAAAUAAUAAGUAUGCAAAAUAUGUGGAAAAUCACAUUUCAUUAAAUGACAUGAAAGCCUUCGUGUUUGAAAGCCAAGAGGACAUGGAGGUAUUUUUGAAAGAGGUCCGUGACACUAAAAGAUUAAGGGUAAACGCUGUAUGUUCACCUGCAGAACACAUUGCAGACCAAAAGCCAUUAAAGCCAAUCACUGAGUUGGAACAAUAUGGUUUCUUCUCUUACUUGAGAGAGCUGUUUGAUGCUCCUCAGCCAGUGAUGAAUUAUUUAGUCUUCCAGUAUCACGUGCACGAAGUUCCUGUAGGAACAGAAAAGACUCGACAUGUGAUAGAAAAAGUGAUUAAAGAGACCAAACUCCGGCAGUUGUACACAGCAGAAGAAAAAUACUCCACAAAGGUAUCUGCGUAUACUAACAAUGUAAUCUCAAGUAACAAUCCUUUGAGGGAUCCCAGGUUACUCACAGUCACUGUGGAUCCGGAGGAGAGGAGACAGGUUCUUGAACAAUAUAAGGAGAUUGAGAAAAGAUGCUCUGUGUUAGACGCUCGGAUGCAUCAACUAACUGAUGGUCAAAAGUUGCUAGACAAAAGAGACAAUGAACUAAGGUUACGAAAAAAAGAAAUUGUGGACAUGAAAACCAAAAAGCGACAGCUAGAACAGAGAAUUGGCACCAAAUUUGAUAGCUUGAAACAGUUGGAAAUAGAAAAUAUUAAUUUGGAAGAAGCUGAAGAACAAGCAAAUGCCAAGAUGAGAGAAAUUAACCUCCAGAAAGUAAAACUUGUUACCGAAUUUACCCACUUAAUUACGAAAUGUGUUCUGCUAAGUAAAGAAAAAGUGAACCUAUCCCUGCAAAGCAUGACUAUCUUGUGGAAGAAACAAAAGUUUGAAACUGAAUACAAAGAGGCCACAUCCAGGAUGAAGGAGCUGGAGAGUCACUUUGUUAAUGUGGAUGAAUGCAGGCGUACUCUUUAUGAGAAUUGCAAAGACCUCUUGAGGAAGGCAAAACAAGCUUGUCAGCUUGGACCGAAGGAUGAGGUCCCACAAGAAUAUCAAACUGUAACACCUACUGAUCCCUGUGGGUCGAACAGCAGUAUUAGCUUGGCCUUCCAGUCUCUUCCAAAUACGCUCGAUGAUAUAGACGCUGCACUAAUUGAAGAACGGACCAGAGCCUCUUGCUUUAUGGGCUUAAAUGCUUCUGUUGUGGAUGACUACACAAGACGAACUGGAGAAAUAGAAGCCAAGACUAGGGAGCUUAACCAAAAGAAAAUAGAGCUGGAAGACUACAGGCAAAAAAUUUCACAGGUGAAACAAGACUGGCUCAUACCUUUGAAGCACUUGGUGGAGAAAAUCAAUGAGCAGUUCAGCAGCUUCUUCAGUUCCAUGCAGUGUGUAGGUGAAGUGGACCUUCACACUGAAAAUGAGGAGGAUUACGAUAAGUAUGGCAUAAGGAUUCGUGUGAAGUUUAGAAGCAGCACACAACUUCAUGAACUGAAUCCACAUCACCAGAGUGGAGGAGAGAGAAGUGUGUCCACAAUGCUCUACCUUAUGGCUCUUCAGGAACUCAACAGGUGCCCUUUCCGAGUGGUGGAUGAAAUAAACCAGGGCAUGGAUCCAGUGAAUGAAAGAAGAGUAUUUGAAAUGGUGGUAAAGACAGCCUGCAAAAACAAUACUUCUCAAUAUUUUUUUAUCACUCCAAAGCUUCUCCAGAAUCUUACUUAUGCUGACAACAUGAAUGUGUUAUUUGUCUACAAUGGACCAUACAUGGUUGAACCCACAAAAUGGGACCUAAAAGCUUUCCACCGAAGACGUCGAAGAGUAGCUGCAGCAACUCAGUGACCUUGGAUUUUCAUCUUCAUUGCUGAUG